CGCAGAGCGGUUGCUUGUUUUAGAGUCUUAACGUCAAGAAUGUCUCUAAGAGUUGCCAUGCGGGCCAUCCGCGACAUCUACGAGGAACGUCAACGUCUGAGACUGUUACAUACCAUACUACACGUUGCAGACGGCUUACCUCUCAGCGAAGAAAUGCCCGACAUUGUCAAGGCGGCAGGAGACGACAAUCUCAAGCUCCUGCACACUUGUAUCAAACGAGGUGACAAUAUCGACGCAUGCGACGACAACCUCGUGACACCAUUGAUGGUAGCAGCUUGGAAAAACCACGUCGAUUUUGCUAGAGUGCUACUGAAGCACGGUGCACACCCGGAAGCGAUUGGAUACGACGAUGAACGAAUCACUACAGCAAUGAUGAUAGCGAUUGGUCGAGACCAUGAUAUGAUAGUAGAUGCGUUACUCGAGUACGGGGCAGACCCCAAUGGUGUGGUCGUAUUCAAUCAUCGAGCCUAUCUGACAACGUUAGCCAUUGCAAUCGACUGUCAAUCAAUCAAAUCGGUCGAGAGACUGUUGGAAUACGGCGCUGAUAUCAACUAUACGGAUUACCAAGGGCUUUCGGCGAUGCACAGAGCGUGUUUUUCGUUAGUCGAUUGGUAUCCUCACGGACCACGAGCAACACUUGUGCCUCAUAAAAUAACAGUUCAACCGACGUACAAUUACAAAGCUUCGACAGGUUUGAAGAUCCUAGAGAUGGUUUUGAUGGCAAAAGGCGCCAAUGUGAACGUGAGAGGAAGAUUCUGGGUGACACCGCUUCACAUUGCGACCUACCUCGGUUGUACGGAUGCUGUCAUGCUGCUCGUCGAGCAUGGAGCGAGUGCGACGACCAUCGAUUAUGACAAAGAAAUACCGGCAUGUUAUUCAACACACAGUCAUAUAAUUCCAGAAUUAGAAAUAGAACACCGAUUUAUCGAGGGAUAUCUAAGAGAGCGUGAAGGUACAAUAAAACUUUCCGUGACACCAAGAGAACAAGAUGAUGACGGAAGUGAGUGUCGACUUCUUGCCUAUUCUGGCGCUCUCUGGGCGGUCCCUCUCAUAACCAAAUUGCGUGCAAGAGAUUGCUCCGCGUUUAGAGAAGACAGGUUUGUGUAUUCUAGAAACGAAAAUGCCGUAAACGACGCAGCCGAGUUUGGCGAAGUAUGUCCUCGACUGGAAAUCCACACGAUGAACUGGAACUUGAGCAAGAAAACGUUUCUCGCUAUUCACGAGACCGAGACCGUUCCGACGAUCGACAUCAUCGAAGAGUAUCCCCCGAAUGUCGUACAGACGAUGACCAAGCGCUACGGAGGAACCACCGUGAGACGAAAGUAUUACCGCUACGACGUGAAGCAUCUCGACGCGCCACCGAAUUACGACAAAAACCGACUGUGGACGCGCGUCGUCGUCUCCUCGUUCAUCACGCUCACGACACAACACGAAAUCAAACUAAAACGACCGGCUGUACUACAGAUACCGCACUCGCUCCGAUUCGAUCACAAACACCGACGUGUCCGAUUCAUUCCCGGACGACUCGACGAGCCGCGCAAUCUCGGAUACAUUCCCGGACGUCUGACCGUGCUGUACAAACACCUCACAAAAGAUAGUCAAUACAAAAGUAUGUCCGACUGGUCUGUACACAGACAAGCCGAAGAACGAGAUCCGAAGUCGGUCACGAUUCUUCUCUCUACGAUUCCCUACGCAUGCGUGUUUGUUGUUACGUACGAAUAUCGGACGAAGCAAUUUGAUAUGAGUCGACCAUUGAGGCGAGUCAACUUUUGUUUACUCGGUAGUCAGUAUUUGAAGCGCGAGAUGCGACUGAAGCUUGUGGGUUAUAUGAAUGCGUGUUCGGCGAGUGCUGUGGUGCGUGAGAGGGAUCGGAAGACGUGCGAGAAUCUCGUCAAAUGGAGUGUGGAUGUACUCGGCGUUGAUGUGAGAUUCGAGGACGAGAUUAAGGUUAGAUUGGAGCUGCCCAAAUGUUUCAGGCUACGCUCGGAGAGAGCGACGACGACGCUGUGUCACUCUGAUUCGUUUCUAUCUCAAGUCUACACUUCGUUCGAAUUGCUGGCGUUGAACACGCGUUGUCCGGACGUCGACGCGUUUUGCUUUAUCGAAACGGAAUCUUCUCGUUACAUUAUGAGAUUGCAAGUUCCCACCAUGAUGUGGUCCGUCUUUAGUAGAGAACCGUGGGAAUCCUUCACGUCACGUGACGACAUGCUGUGGAGAGAGCAGUGGUUCGAUUUGGAUAGCAUUAUACGGACUAGAGUUGACAUGACGUGGCUGUAUCAUCGAAUUCAAGUUUAUAAUGUUUGGGACGCGGGCUUUUCUCCACAAACCUCAAGGAGAGAUUGGGAGUUACCUCCGCAACCGUGGUCGAGAACGGGUCGGUAUUCAACAAUCCGUCAUAAAAUGAUGAAAAACGCGGAACAUUACCGACACUGGCCGAAAACUCACGUGGCAAAUCGUCUCGACUUACCCAUCGACGGUCACGUGAUCGAAUGUGCGGCAAGGAAUUUCGGCUUUCUGUGGAAAGAGAUAGGAUUAGUACUCGGCUAUUUCGAGACAGAAAUCGAGUGGAUUUUGAGCUGCGAACACGACGGCAGGCGCUCGACGAUGAUGCGGUUGAUACUCGAGCAUUGGUCGAAGGGUCACGAAGAAGGAUACGGAACUCUUGGAGAGCUUAUCGCUGCUUUUGAUGAUGAAGACGUCUUCUUUGGCAGCGUUUUUAGAUCGUGCAUUGCCAAUAAGAAACUUUUCGUGUACUAGAGUUCGUCUCCCACUCUUGCUUGACUUGCGCUUGGCUGCUUGACUGCAGCAUCCGAGUACGUGUUGAAUUAAAUGUUGAUGCAUUAAUUAAUUUUGGUCUUUGCAUAAUC